GUUCGGAGUAAUAAAAUACAUGUGAAUUGAUGACCUCUUCCUUUUUUGAAGUCCAUAAAAAAUGAAGAUUAAAUAUGAAAGCAAGGUCCGACGAAUGCAAAGGGAGAGAGCGAGAGCUCUUAAAGCCGCUACAGCUGUGCCAAAGCCGAAGACAACAUCUACGGAACGGAUGAGGUUGCUACGCGCGCGGCGGAAGGCCUUGCUUCUUGACGACGAGCCCAUAUGUACAGGAGUUGACACUUCCAAUGUUGAACCAGAAAUAAAGGUUGAACGCGAUGAUGACGAAGGUAACCCUGAUAAAGACGUGCCAUCACUUGAAGUAAAUAUAAAGAUGGAACAUGAAGACGAAAUUAAGGAAGAAAUUACAUUAGAAGAAAAUAACUUUCAAUGUCGGAUAUGUCUUAGUGCUGGCAGGAAAAUGUCACCGUUGGAAGAGUACGAGGAAAUCUAUAAAAAACUGUUAUUUGACAUCUACCCAUAUCGAAAUGAACAUAUUCAGCUUAGUACUGUCCUGGUCUGCUGGGAGUGUCGCGCGGCGCUGAGGAAUGUGGACAGGUUCCAGAGGAAAGUUAGAGCGGGGCACGACAUGUUACAAACGGAAGAUAUUAAUGUUUCUCUAUCGACUUUAACAACAGUUGUCUUCAAUGAUUCAAACCCUGGUACAAUAUUUCUAACAGAAGCAGACAAGCGAACAGACAAUCUCAAUUCAGAAAAUGAAACAAAUGACAAUCGAGAAGAUAACGAUUUACUCAUAGAAAAAGAACACCAAGAAAAUAGAAAAGGAGAUAACAAAGGAAAGUCAAAAAAGAAAUUUACCAGAAAAAGAAAAAUGGUUAUAAGAAAACCUAAAUUCAAAGUUGUUGAGGGUGUUGAGACAUUUAAAAGAGUUGAUUUCGAUUUGGGUGUUUCAAAAGUUCUGGAUGAAAAGAGAAACGAUGAGAGUUGCAAACAAAGGGGAUACAAAUGCUCAACUUGUGGUUUAAGUUUUGAUGAUGCGAAUGAAUUAGAUGAUCACAACGGAGAAUGUGAUCCUGAGGUAAAGCUGUAUAUUAAUAAUAUUAACAUAUGA